AUGACAUUAACAACCCCAAAUCGGCAAACAGUUGUCUCCGCCUACAAUGACGGAUCGCGUAUGUACACUGCCAUUAGGAAGAAGUAUCAUGAGCGCCAGUCCACUCGGGAACUAGAACGGUCGCUCGCACUCGGCCGCACCGAAAUUCAGUAUCGGUUUGAUCAACACUACCAAGAGCUUGGGCAGCGAUGGGAGAUAGGCGACGCGAUCGCUCGUGAGCAGAUGAAGGAUAUCAUCAUCACACUGCAGGGGGCGUUGCUGAGACACCUCCGCGAGGCACAGGAGCGGGGGACGACUCUGGAUCUGAACGCAUUGCAGCUAGAGUCCGACCAGGGCCGCGUUCGCACGCUCACCAUUUUGGGAGAACUGUAUCAACGUCUCUCGAGGCCGUCGCACGUUCCGCCGUCUUUUUCGAUGUUCAUCGACCCAAACUAUCACAGGGUGCAUCCGCAGGCUGGUGGAUAUUCCUCUCAUAGUCCGGACGGAUACUUGCCAUCCCAUCCGUCGGAGAUGCGGUACCUUUCUGGCGGAUAUCCCAUAUCACCAGGCAGUUACACGACAGGCCGGGUUCAAACACUGGAUACACUGGGGUCACCGAGAGAGUAUCUGGUUCCGAAUCCAAGACCGAGCAGACGAUCUUCGGGCUUUGGGUUGAUUAUGGGCGACUUGUUCCAUCCCCGCUCCGCUCGCGGGAGUACACGAUCGCCAGCGCCCGAGUCUGGGUACAACCUACCCACAGGACACGACGCAGACUCGCCGUCGACGUCGGACCCGAUUCCCAAAUUCGAUGUCAGACCGCCGCCAAGACCCAAUUUGCAAAUAAACGCGAUACCUGACGACCACGACAUCGUUUCGGGGAACCCGUGGAAAGACUCCGACUCCGACAUCUUCAACCGUGCUCGGAUGACAGAAGAAGAAAACCCUCACCUCUCGCCCAUAUCCCCAUCCACGCAAACCCGCCGCGGUUCCCUCUCCGCAGCCUCAACCGCCUCCACAGACUCAACCCCGUCAAACCCCUCUACGCACAGCAGCACCGAGUUAACCCGACCCCUCUGGCCACCCAGCAAAUCGAACAGCUACUUGGGCUUCUGCAAAGGCGCUUGGAAAGUGCACACCGGAUUCCGAGGAUUCAAAGUCUACACUGAACCCGGAUCAGGCUAUUAUACGCAACAGUCGUGGCUACGGUGCGAGCACUGCGCGUUUGAAGCACCCAUGGCCCCGAGGAGUUCCAUCCGCAACCCGCAGUUCGAAGGAAGCGUUCGGACGCACAAAGCCAGCGGUGUUCGGUAUCGAUUCGGGUUCUUGGCUAAAUCACAUGUGCACUGUAAGCGAGAUUCGGCGUUGCAUUUUGCUCCCAAUACUCCCCGCGGCGCGUUUUGUUGUGUCUUUUGCUGUGCGAUGACACAUGGCUCGACGCAGGUUUAUGGAAACUUAGAUACCUUUAUGGUACAUCUGGCGGAACAGCAUUCGAUGGUUGAGAGGGGGACGUUGGCGGUUUUGCCUAGUAUGCGGCGUGUUGUUGGUCGAGUAGCGCCUGAUUCCGAGGAAUUUGACGUGAAUAUUUUGCCGAUGCGCGGCUGA